AUGGCACCCCCCAACCCCGGCCUCACGCAUCUUUCCAAUGCUCUUGCCACCCCAGAGCAGCUUUCGGCUUCUUCCUCGUUGAUCGAUGGCGUUCCCUCCGACCUGGAAGCUUCAAUUCGCUGCGCCGGCACACAAUUAACACAGGCCGCUGGCGUGCUCUUGCAUUUGUCGCAAGAUAUCAUCGCACAGGCAAUUGUUAUAUUUACGCGCUUCUGGCUCGGAGCUGAUGGGGGCAGCUUGCGCAUUUAUUCUGUCAAGGAUGUAUCAGCCGCUGCUCUCUACCUGACAGCCAAAUUAUCCUUUCAACCCACCUCACCGCGCUCAGUUCUCAAUGUCUACACACUGCUUCUCUCGCAAGAGGCCUCUCCGCUGUGGUUUGUAAACCCCCGCGGGGCGCCCAAGCAGCCGCCAUCCGCGGACAGCUACACCCUUACAGAGGGCGGGUACCAGUCUGCGCGCCUAAUUCUACUUCGCAUCGAGUCCGUCAUCCUCCGCACCCUCAGUUUCGACACUCACGUUGCCCUCCCUCAUACUAUCGCUCUCACCUACCUCCAAACCCUAGGAGUCACUGACUCCGCCGUGUCCCGCCGAACUCCGAAUGCCCUGGCCGUAGCGGCCAUCUAUCUUGCUUCGCGGGAACAGGAUUGCAAGCUGGUCGAUGGUGAAUGGUGGGAGGUAUUCGAUGUCGAUCGGGAAGAGCUUGGGUUCCUGGUGGUCGGAAUGAAGAGUACGGAAGGUUUCAUGCGUGCUGAAACGGAAAAGUGGAAGGGUCCUGGAAAGCCCAUUCCUUUGGUGGUUGAAGAAGUAGAUGCGGAGAUCGAGCGCAGUCAAAUGAUGCAGGAGGGUGAAUGA